AUGGUCGAUGACGAGCUGGCGAAGCUGAUUGCUGAAGCUUUCGACCCUGCCGUCACGGUCCUCGUCCUGGCAGACGCAUGCAACAGCGCAGGGGUUCUUGACUGCGACACACCCGGCAUCUGGGGAAAGCGGCAUGUGGUCGCUCUCUCCGGGUGCCAGAACGAGCAAUGCUCCACAGACACUGGCAAUGGAGGUGCAAUGACUAAUGCCCUCUUGCAAGUGCUUGGCAACAAGAAGAUUGCCAAGAUGCGGAAGCAAGGAGGUGUUUCCAUGCAGUACAUCUUCAACCGCAUGGUUGAAGCAAUGCCCGAAGACGAGGAGGAAGGAGGAGAAGAUGAUGAAGAGUACGAUGAGUACGAAGAGGAUUACGACGAUGACGAGGAAGACAAUUACGAAGAAGACGAGGAUGAGGACGUCGACCCCAUUAGCGGUGAAGUCCCUGAGCCGGGUCAGAACAUCAACAUAUCGUGGCCCGGGGGAUGCGAUCCAACGAAGAUCGCUUUCCCGUUCUAG